AUGUUGAGGAAGUCGGAGCUCACCCCCGAAGAUGCAGGCGCCUACCAGCGCCGGGUGGACACCCCAAGCUACGGCACAAGCAGCGACUCUGGGGCCAAGGAACCGGACCUUCGUCAUGAAAUGGUGCACGAUGGCCCCACCUCCUUCAACUUCAGCAACUUGUACCGCUACGCCACAAAGUUCUACUCGCGGUCGGUCAACAGCGCGGCUCUCGACUAUCUGUAUAUCGCCAUCUUCCUCUUCAUCACGGACUACGUCUCGUACGUGGCGUUCUACUACAGCGCCGAGCGACAGAUAAAGGCACUGAGGGGUGAAGCGCUCAAGCACAUGCUGUACAUGGACAUCAGCUGGUACGACGCGCACGACGUGCUGCAGGACGGCAUGGGCCACAAGCUCGGCGAUUCGUUUCGAUACUCGAUCCAGUUUGUCGUGGGUUUUAUCAUCGGAUCCGCCCAUGGGUGGGAUAUCACGCUGGUGAUGGCGUGUGUGAUGCCUGUCAUGGCGCUCUCGCUCAGCUGGAUGAUCAAAACGUUCACGAUCAUGUCGGACUUUGCCCAGAAAGUGUAUGCUGAAGCAGGAUCAGUGGCCAAGGAGACACUGGGCUCUAUCCGCACUGUGGCUUCGUUGAAUGGAGAGCAGAAGGCAAUUGAGAAGUUUGAGAGCAAGAUUUUCAAGGCAGAGACGGAAAACAUCAAGCUGAACAUGGUGGUGACAGUGGUGUAUGCGCUGUUCUUGGCUAGUAUGUGGAUCAUGUACUCCGUCGGACUCUGGUACGGCGGGUGGAAUGCUUCAAAGGGGGAACCAACGCCGGGGGGUGUUUUCGCUGCCUUCUUUGGCGUCAUGAUGGGAACAGGUUCUCUCGGCCAGGUUUCCCCGAGUGUUUCCGCUGUGGCUAAGGCCGCUGGUGCUGUUGAGCAACUGUUCUCGAUCCUGGACACUGCGAGUGCUAUCGAUGCGGAGAAAGAGGACGAGGGAAUCAUUCCUGACACGUGUGAAGGCAAGAUCGAUGCGGUGAACGUCAACUUCACGUACCCGAGUCGUCCUGACGCCCAGAUCCUGCGCGACUACAAUGUCACCAUUGAGCCUGGUCAGACCGUGGCUUUCGCUGGUGCCAGUGGCGGCGGCAAGAGUACGCUGAUUGCUCUGAUUGAACGCUUCUACGACCCCACCAGCGGCACCAUCUACCUCGACGGACGGGAUAUCGGCAUGGUGUCGCAGGAACCUGUGCUGUUCGCCACGACCAUCUUCGAGAACAUCGCCAUGGGUGGCGACAACGUGACCCGUGAAGAGGCCAUCGAGGCCUGCAAGCUGUCGAACGUGCACAACUUCAUCAUGUCCUUGCCGGAGCAGUACGACACGCUGGUGGGCGAGAAGGGCGUCUCUCUAUCUGGCGGCCAGAAGCAGCGAGUCGCCAUUGCCCGUGCCAUUGUCCGCAAGCCCAACAUUUUGGUGCUGGACGAGGCCACGAGCGCGCUGGAUAACGAGAGCGAGAAGAUUGUGCAGGCAGCGCUGAAUAACCUGAUGGCCACGACCAACAUGACCACUCUCGUAAUCGCCCACCGGUUGAGCACCAUCCGCAACGCGGACAAGUUCGUGAUCGAGCACGGCGUCUACCAGAACAUGUACCGGAUCCAGGAGCUGCGAUCUCAGGAGGAGCAGCAAGAAGCGGAGAAGCGUGAGGCCGAGAACGGACUAGAGAUGAGCGCGGUGGAGACAAACUUCUUGGACAAGAAGCCGUUCAACCUGUUUGAUUUACUGAAACUCAACGGACUCGCGCGGAACCACUUUGUCUUUGGGCUGGUCGGUUCCUGCGUCGGAGGCAUUGCGGUGCCAGCUUCAGCCCUAUUAAUCACGGGCAUGAUCACUGCUAUGACGGAACAAUACGCGCUCUUCGAGAGGACCUGGGGACCGAUCUCACCUGACAACGUUAAUGUUGGCUUUUUCGACGAGAAGGAGAACGCGACUGGCGCGUUGACUGCUGAUUUGGCUACGAACGCCACCAAGGUUUCGCUGAUGUCUGGAGAGUCCCAAGCUGCGUUUACCCAAGCUGUCUUCACUUUGAUCGCUGCGCUUGUCAUCUCCUUCGGGUUCGGAAGUUGGCUGCUAUCGCUCAUCAUGCUGGUGCUUAUCCCCAUGUUGAUUUUCGGGGAGGUGGCGCGUAUGAAGGAGAUGGAGGAUGCUGGUUUGAUUUCAGAUGACUUGGCAAUCCCAGGAGCCCACGCGUCAGAAGUCCUUGUGAACAUCCGCACGGUUGCCGCUUUGGGUAUCGAGAAGAAGUCUGCCACCACGUUUAAUGAGCUGCUUCAAGAACCGCUGCGCAAGGGCCGGAAGGAAGAGCAGGUUAGUGGUCUGUCGCUGGGAUUCAGCUCCUUCAUCAUGAUGGCCACGUAUGCGCUCGUGUUUUGGUUUGGAGCCAAGAAGGUGAACGACGGCACCGUUGGUUUUGCGGAGAUGAUGCGGACAUUGAUGGCCAUCACGAUGUCGAUCCAGACGGCCGGAUCGACGAUUUACGCACUUCGUGAUCGCGUCGCCCCAAUUGAUUCAUUCACCUCCGACGGAUUCCGUCUAGCCAAGGUUGCGGGCCGCCUCGAGUUCAAGAACAUCUCGUUCCGAUACCCCACGCGCCCGGAGAUCAACGUGCUCAAGAACUACAACCUCACUAUUGAACCCGGCCAGACGGUGGCGUUCUGCGGCCCUAGUGGUGGAGGCAAGAGCACUAUCAUCUCGGGGAUCGAGCGGUUCUACGACCCCGUGGUUGGCGAAGAGCUGCUCGACGGCCGCAACAUCAAGGACCUGAACCUGAACUGGCUGCGCAGUCAGAUCGGUCUGGUGGGCCAGGAGCCCACACUGUUUAUCGGUACUAUCGCCGAGAACAUCGCGUACGGUCUGGCCGAGCAGCCGAGUCAGCAGGAGAUCGACGAGGCCGCUAAGAUGGCCAACGCGCACGACUUCAUCACGCAGUUCCCGGACGGCUACGAGACGCAGGUGGGCAUGAAGGGCGAGCAGUUGUCUGGCGGCCAGAAGCAGCGCAUCGCCAUCGCGCGUGCGAUCCUGAAGAACCCCAAUAUUUUGCUGCUGGACGAGGCUUUGAGUCCGCACUAG